AUGGCAGCGACUGAGAUUGCCCGUCAAGCAGGAGAAGGAACACGCUCUGUCCCCCUCAGUGGUCAUGUUGGCUUUGACAGCAUGCCAGACCAGCUGGUCAGCAAGUCUGUCAGCAAUGGCUUCUGCUUCAACAUCCUCUGUGUAGGGGAAACGGGCUUGGGGAAGUCCACCCUGAUGGACACCCUGUUCAACUCCAAGUUAUCGGGCGAGCCCAUGCGGCACAGCCAGCCCAGCGUGCAGCUCCAGUCCCAGACCUACGAGCUGGAGGAGAGCAACGUCCGGCUCAAGCUCACCGUGGUCAACACCGUGGGCUUCGGAGACCAGAUCAGGAAGGAGAACAGUUACAGUUCCAUCGUGGAGUUCAUCGAUGCGCAGUUUGAGGCCUACCUGCAGGAGGAGCUGAAGAUCAAGCGCACUCUGCACAGCUACCACGACACGCGCGUGCACGCCUGCCUGUACUUUAUCGCCCCCACUGGACACUCGCUGAAAGGGCUGGACCUGCUCACCAUGAAGCAGCUGGACAGUAAGGUGAACAUCAUCCCCAUCAUCGCUAAGUCAGAUGCCAUCGCCAAGAGCGAACUCCACAAAUUCAAAACAAACAUCACCAGCGAGCUGGUCAGCAAUGGUGUGCAGAUCUACCAGUUUCCCACCGAUGAUGAGACAGUGGCUGAAAUCAACUCAACAAUGAAUGUACACUUGCCAUUUGCAGUGGUGGGGAGCACAGAGGAGGUGAAAGUUGGCAAUAAGAUGGUGAAAGCACGUCAGUACCCAUGGGGCAUUGUGCAGGUGGAGGAUGAGAGUCACUGUGACUUUGUGAAGCUGAGGGAGAUGCUGAUCCGCGUGAACAUGGAGGACCUGCGGGAGAAGACUCACACGCGACACUACGAGCUCUACCGCCGCUGCAAGCUGGAGGAGAUGGGCUUCAAGGACACCAACCCCGAGUGCAAACCUUUCAGCCUGCAGGAGACGUACGAGGCGAAGCGGCAGGAGUUCCUGGGGGAGCUGCAGAAGGAGGAGGAGGAGAUGCGGCAGACCUUCGUCCUGAGAGUGAAGGAGAAGGAGGCCGAGCUGAAGGAAGCAGAGAAAGAGCUGCAUGAGAAGUUUGACCGUCUGAAGAAGCUACAUCAGGAGGAGAAGAAAAAGGUGGAGGAGAAGAGGAAGACUCUGGAGGAUGAGCUCAACAGCUUCAAGCAGAAGAAGACUGCCACUGAGCUGAUGCAGUCCCAGAGUAUGCAGGCAGGGGGCUCCACAACCCUCAAGAAAGACAAGGAGAGGAAAAACAACCCAUGGCUCUGCACUGAGUAGUUGCUCUGCCCCCAUGCACUGCCCCCUGGCUUACUAAGGGACAAACCUUGGAAUUGUGGGUAAUGCGGUCCAGAGGCUGAGGAGAGGCAAUGUUGAUCUUGUCUUGCUGAGUUACUGACAGUCACUAUGCAUUUAUAGAUGAAUAAGAUGCAGCUCUAACCGCAUGGCCUGCUUGUUCUUACUAAAACACAUCUCGCCUAAAUGACUCAUCAUAGAUAUAAUGUCUCUAAAACUGUAAAAUGAACUAAUAUACUAUUUUGCUAUUGAGGAUAGAGAUGACCAUGAAAGAGCAUUUGAGAAUUGCUUAUGGCUUUGUUAUUUGUUUUUAAAGGGCUGAGAUGAGAAAUUAGAACACUAUCAGAUUGCUGGUUCUCUGGCCAAAGUCCCCCUUUAUGAAGUGAUAUUGACUGUUCUUGACUGUUCUCCUAUCUAAAGAAUGUGGUUUUAAUUGUCCUUAGCUUAGCAUUCAUUUAUUAGCAUUGAGUGGAAUGCCUUACUUUCAAGCAUGUCAACAACCAUUGAAAUCCCACCCCUGGGUACUGCGAGCAGCCAAAAAUUAAAUAUCACAGAACUCCGUUGUCUUGGUUAAAAAAUGGCCUCCGCAUUUUAAAUUUGAAUACCAAAAAAAUAACUAAAAGCUCAUUUUGAAAUUGGAACUAAAUGAAAGAUUUUCCACUCUGUAUAUUGAGUGAUUCUUUUCCAGUAGGGGUACCCAUUAACCAAUUUGUAGCCCGUAUUUAUUUAUUUUAUUUUUAUUUAUUUAUUUACUUUGGUAAACCUUACUUUUUGUGUCAUUAUGCAGCUAGCCAUUAUGUAUCAAAUGGAACUGCACAGGUUUAUAGUUAUGGAGCAUAGUUAUGUUGUGCCUUGUAGGGGUUUGUAGGGACAAAUUAAACAAACAUAAUUUGAAUAACGAAUAAUAUAAAUAAUUUUAUUGUUAUGUGUGUAUAUACACUUAGUAGCCUCUUUAUUACAGUAACUAGAACAGCCUGAAUUCUUAGCAGCAUGGAUUCAACAGGGUGCUGGAAGCAUUCCUUAGGGAGUUUGCUCCAUGCUCACCUGAUAGUAUCACACAGCUCCCACAGAUUUUUCAGCCACACAUUCAUGCUGCGAGCCUGUGGAGACUGUGCAGGCCAUUGGAGUAAACUGAAAUCUUAUGAAGUCAUAUUUGCGGGACUAGCUUCAGUUGAUAUAUGCUUUGUGACAUGACACAUCAGCAACAAUGCUUAGGUAUGUUGUGGCAUUUGAAUGAUGCUCAAUUGAUAUUGAGGGGCCUAAUGUAUGCCAAGAAAACAUUCCCAAUCACAACAUUCCAAGUGUACAAUGCAUGCUAAAAUUUUCCCAGUCUCUAGUGCCUUGGUAGUAUGGACUAACUCAGGUGUGGGAUUCUAUUUAAGUGCCAUUUUAACAUGGUCUGCUCAGUUAGCUAGGUUACGCUAGUAAUCACAAACCUCCGUAAUGCACUGCUCUCCCUGCUUUGGGGAGCUCGAGCAUUCACAGCCUGUCUGCGGGAAGCCCACUGCAGACCCUUACCCUUUCACUGAAGCCGCUGCUCUCACUGGCUGCUCCUUUUAAGUUGCACUUCUUUGUCUCUCUCAUCCCCCUCUCUUUCUCUCCCCUUUCUCCUCACUCUCUCC